AUGCUCCUGCUCGCCGUGCGGCAGCUGCUCGGCAGCCUCGUGAAGGACAUUCAGAGCGACCAGCUGGAGCGCAUUGGUCGCUCGGAGAGCUGCCUGGGGUUCAGCUUUGAGCUCUCCCGGCUUGAGCUGAACGAGGCGUUUAUUAACAAGGAACUCCUGGACGUCCCAGCGGAGGGGGCGAGCCCCGCACAGUCAGGUGCGUCUGCGUCAGUGCGUUUGGUGCGAGGCCAUGUAAACAGUAUUCGCGGGGAUUUUGCCUUGGGUCCUAAAGGACAACGCACCAUUGAGAUUGACGGCCUGCAACUUGUCUUGGAUGUUGUUCCGAAGACAGAGUGUUCUGUGCCGACAGCGUGCCAGAGCCGCAGUGCGAGUCACAAGAGGGAGACGAGGGAUCGGCGUAGUUGUGAGAAACGUGCAACUGGCCCAAGGAGCGGCUGGGAGGACGAGAAUAGUGGCGCAGAGGACGAUACUAUCUACUCCUCCCUCUUCAUGAGUGAUACUCUGCGCAAAGGGGUGGAGGAGAGUGUGGUGCGCCCUGCAUUAAGUGAAACGGGGUACUCCGCAGGGCCGUCUUCGCCCUCUCGCCACAUUGAUGAGGGGCUGGAUGUGUUUGAGCGAACAAUCAAGCAGUUUGCUCACAGCGUGCGGGGGUGCAUACGGAACGUCAGCGUCAUCUUGCGGAUCCCGCCGCUGGGCGAGCGAAUUCUGCCGGGGCGAGAACCCCCGGAUGGCAGCUUGGAGCUGCUUGUCUUCUUCGAAGGCGGCUUUGAGCUGGAGGACAUGUGCUCCGAUCCGGCUGGGGAUUUGGUGCAUAAGCGCAUCCGCUUCUCCGGUGUCCGCGCGGCCGUGUACCCCUACGGGCAGCGAUGCACGAUGCGCACCACCGAGGAGGAAGUGGAGGAGUCUGUUGACCUCGCCGACGUUUUUCUCUGCGGUGGGCGCACAGACGAGUUCAACAACGACAUUGUGCUUCGCUUUAGCGAAGGCCGAAGCCCGGCGCAGGGGGCGGAGGCGCUGUUGGACUUGAAGGUCACAACGAAGUCCUUUUUCUUUAUCCUUACUCCGACGCAGUUGGGUCGCCUGGUGCACGUCGCCCGCGCCCUGGUGGGAGCACCGGAGGGGGAAAUGGAGGCCGCGGCCGCUCCUCGUGUGAUGCGGUUCAUUACAACCAUGAAAGCGACGUGCCAGUACGUUUUCUGCGCGUUCCUUCUUGAUGAAGAUCGUCAGGGGAUAAAAAAGUUUUGGCAAAGCCUGCAGCAGGGCGAGACUGCGGCUUCUGCUCACGGUGCGCCCCUGUCUUCGCGGGGCCAUCGACUUGUGCUGCACCGUUUGCUCCGCCGCACGGGGUACUACAACGUGCACGUCGGCGGGAUCAUGCUGUUGGUUCAGCCAGUUACGGCGAGCACAAGCCGCUCUGAGGAUGCGUUUCAUGACGUGUUUGAGAACCACGGUGGCCGUGGCUGCUCCGCCGGGAUCAGCACCAUUGAAGUCUAUGAACUGGCCCCCAAAAGCAGCGGCGAGGAUCACCCCAGUGACGCGGAGGGCGGUCGACUCAUCUUGACCACCAAGGAAAACGUUGACAAUUACUCGGAGCGGCGGUACCGCGUCGCCAUUGUUGCGAGGACCACCUACCCGCUGACGCUUGCGGAGGCGCGCUGGUAUAGCGUUGACCUGCUGAAGGAGCAGGACAACGUGGCCGCCGUUGUGAUGGAGCACGUUCUUGUGAAGACCUCGGGGGCGGUGCUGCUGGCGGAGUUGGACGCGGGCACCCUUAAAAGGCUGGGGGCCUUCUGGGCGCGCCUGCGUCACACCAUGGACAUGAUCCCUGGCGCAACUGUCUCGUCGCAGCAGCAGCAACCGACCACGGACGUUUCCGGUUUGCCGUCACCCGCAUUCGUGGCCUUGCGUCAAGGCUCGCAGGAGGACUUGGAAAGCUUUGAGAGGCCUUUGGGCGAGGGACAAUUUACGCAGCUGCCACUGGAGCAAUUAAUAGGCGAGGGCUCUGGGGGUUGUUCCCUGGAGACGCAGGUGACGACGCCGUAUGUCUUGCUGCGCUUUUUUACGCUCCAACUGGAGGGACUCACGUUGGAGGCGCGGUUUCCAGCAUCCAAGGCACCCGACCCCGACUACUACGGCCCUUUGGCCAAACGCUUGUGGGAGCACUUGCGGAAGGAGGCAGAGGCCGCGUCGGCUGCUGCCACCGACCAGGCAAAGUUUUCCGGCGUUGGUGGGCCCUACCUUCCCUUGACGAUGAGUGUGUACCUGAAGGCGCUUGAUGUCUCGCUGGGCAGCGAAGGGGUGCUGGAGCUGUUUCUGGAUGAGGGACAGCUCACCCUACACGACUACAAGGAGCGCGUGCAGAACACCAUUGUCCGCUGCAUGUUUGACACCUCUAACAAGGAGCCCUGCAUCGUUGUGCGACAACGGCAACCCCAGAACUCAGACACAGAAUGGAGCGUCGCGGACAAGGCGCACGCCCCCUUCACUGAGGCCUACAAUAAAGAGGAGACUCAGGCUGAAAACAACAGUCUUAUUGCGGUGGUGGCGAAUAUUCGGCAGAUUCAGGCUCAACUUCAUCAAGAUGAGUACCUGCUUGUCCUUUUCUACUUGGAUCAGGUGCUGGAGAUGGUGGAUGCCAUGUGCACCGUCAUACAUGCUCCGUGCAAGUGCGGAGAGAGCGUCGCGUACGCGUCGCUGGAAGAGACGGCAUAUGGGUUCAAGUCUGCUCUCUCCGGCACUUUCAACAGAUUUGAGGGGCCACUGCAACACAGCGGUACGGAGUAUGACCCCCUCACCACUAGUAUCAGUGUUCGACUGGGCGUUGAAGAGGUUGCGAUGCUACUUCGGGCCCCGCGGCUUUCCUCCGCAGGGUGUCCUAUUGGUGACCCGCUCUGGCGCUGCAUUCCGCAGGAGGAGCGGCGCGGGAUCGACAAGGAGCACCUGUACCACCUUUACGACGUGCUGGUUUCGAAGGUUUCUGUUUUUGUCCUUCACCAGGCCUCGAUGCGCCUGGCGAAGACGGCACUGCAUGGGAAGGCGUCCGACUUUUGCUUGCGGGAGCGGUUAUGUCAGUCAAAAAUGACGUACGUUGACUUCCCGUGGCCUGCCGAACACGCCUCCUCCCCCAAGUGGGGCGGCGUUGCCACGCUGCUUCAAAGUUACUCGGCCCUCUACAAUCGCUCGCACAACAUUCGCGUGCGGCCACCCUGCGCGAGUUCCACGGAGUCCUCGCGGACUCGUCACGCAGCCGGUGUCUCGCUGUGUCGCCACCGCAACGUGGAGGACCACACCGAGGCAUACGACGUUGCCCUUCAUUUGGAUCGCAUUAGUGUCUCGCACCAGACUGCCCAUGAAGGGGAUCACUGGCUGUUGGUGCUUUUGAACUACUUUUCCGACCCCAGCGACGACGGACUAAAUGCGGCUGUGGCAGAAAAGGAGGUGAUGGGAGCAACACCACAUGUGGGCGAGCGGGAGGAGGCGCAGAGUGACGGGGGUGUUGCCAUCGCAACAUCCGCCGACGUUAACAUCGCACUCAGAGACAUUCUUGUGGAGUACAGGCCGUUUGGAAAGUCCUCCAUGUUAGUUUGCCUGGCCCCUCGCCUAAGUGUCACCGUCGCCGUGCCAAGCUUGCCCAGGGAAGCCACGGCGGUGAAGGUGUACCUCGACAAGGAGACGAUCUCGGUGUUCCUUCACGACAACUUUCAGCAGUACUUGCUUGACUACGACCAGGAGGCGGGGCUUGGCUCCCUGUUUGGUAGCAGCGAACGAGGUGUGGCGACUGACCUUAAAAACAUUGGCUUCGUCCUCGUCGUGGACCUCGCUUCCUCUGGAGGAGGUCAGAGCGGCGGCGUUGGUGAUGCGAGGGAGGUUGAUGCAGGAAGAAGUAGGGUGCCCAACAUCGCCCUCUUCGUGAAUCCAACCGCCGAGAAGCCGGUGUUUGUGGAGCUACAGAAGUUUCGUGCCUCCAUGUUUUUUGCCUACGACUCCCUCUACUACUUUCGCACGGUGAUCGCACACUUUUUGGGGGGCCUUGACCUCGCCUAUUUGCCCUCGCCCCAUCUGCUUGUGGAACGGAGUGGCUCACGGUUCGAGUGCAUCCUUCGCUCCAAGUCCGUCAAGAGGGGAAAACGGGCGCCCGUCACGUGCCACCUCGCGCCGGACUACAUGCAUCGGCUUCAUCGGCUGCUGGACAAGUCUGUGUUGGAUAUUGACACUCCCGCCGCCGUUGACGCCGCCGGGGGCGAAGGGGCGUUGCAGGCGAGUCGUCCAGAGAGAAUGUCACUGCUGCCUUCGUUUGCCGAUUUUGAAAUUAUUGACAGCAACGAGCUUGACGCCGCAGCAGCGCCCGUUUGGGAGACGCGUGAGAAUGAGCCGAUAAACCUGAUGCAUUCCUCCAAGCACACGAAUUUUUUGUCCGUGUAUGGGGCCUGUUGUGGGGGUUUGCCGGAGUAUGCGCAGAACCAUAGGUGCGUCUCACGCUCUCUGCCGCCCAACAGCGCGGUGGCAGUUGAGAUUUCCCUCUACGACUGCGACCUCAAUGCCCAUUUGUACGGGGGCGAGGAUUUUGUCCACUUCGAUGUGCCGCAGAGUUAUCUCCACACCAUACAGCGCUUUGGCAACAUGGAGGAGAAGGUGCGGCAGGGAUCGUCGGCGCUGUGGAGUGGGAUGAGCUCCGAUGUGGAGCUUAACAAAGGUAGGCGUGAGGGACGGCGAAGCGGCUUCCACGGCGUUGGGCGGCGACAGGACGAGUACGUGGUUGGCCGCUUCACCGGCAUCCGGCUCCAAGUGGACAUGCUUGUGCCUGGAAAGGCAAACUUCCUGCAGGUGUACCUCUCCGUGCGAGACGGCGAGGUGGUGGACUGCAUUGAAAAGAGUUCUGUGCGCACGUUAUUCAUGGCCUCCCUGCCGCAGUUUCUUCGUGACCACGGCGGCGAUUUGUUUGAGCUGAAGUGGACGACGGUUGUGCCGCGGUCGUCGUCGCGCAACGCCGGUGUGGUGGUGGUGGGGAAACCGGAGGAACAGCUCAUUGUGCGGCUGCAGCCCGUUACUGUGGCCGUGCAUCGACGUGCCAUGAAUUUGUUGUCGGAGUUUAUUGGAGACCCGGAAAGUUUGUCGAGCGACGACAACGACAUGGACGAGGUGUCGUCUCAGACGCUCUUCUUCAGCAAGAUCGUUGUGUUUCCGUUGCAACUGACACUCUACGUCUACUUUGAGGGGCAGGACCUUUCCCGAGCCACGCGCAUGGAUAGGUUCGAACUCAGCAACUUCCUUUUGCCCUCCAUUGAGCGGGCGCAGGUGCAGGUGCCUUUCAUGCUCGUCACGGCCUGUCCGCUGAGUGGCGUCGGGGAGCGCAUGCUAAGCCUCAUGCGGGACCAGCUACUCAACUUCAACGGCUUUUUCAUGCUUCUCUGCAGUGUGCAGCCGCUGCAGCUGGCGUCCAACGUUGGGUCGGCGGGUGUGGAGAUUCUUUUUGCACCGCUUAGUGAGUACCGUCGCAACAAGCGUUUUUUCUCUGCCCUCUCAACGGCUCUUCGCAUGUUUCUCUUUACGCUCGUCUCGCAGUCCCUCAACAGUGCGGUGCUGGUGUCGCGACGGGUGCACGGCGCCACCUCCUCCAUGAUUACUUCCUUCCUGCCGGGGGGUGAGUUGCCGCCCAUGUCACGUGGGUCGCAGCCGGUGGGCCUCCUAGAGGGUUUGCAACGUGGCUUCGCGGAGCUUCUGCAGGGGCUUCGCCUGGCCUCGAACGUCGCCGCGUAUUGCAUGGGACCGCACGGGAGCCCCGUGCGGCUGCCGCUGGCGGCUCCCGUGGUGGUUGAUGGGUUUAUGCGCGGGACAAUUGAGGUGAUGUGCGGGAUGCGCAACAUGGUUGCCCCUGAGUUAUACCUGCAGGAGAAGAAACUUUUUAAGGGAAAGCGACGGAAGAAUGCCUGA